CAUAUAUAUAGCCUCUCCGUUUACCAGCAGAAAAAAAUAUACACAUACUCAUUACUCGAAUCCCAUUAACAGCUCGCACACACUCUCACCUUCUUUUACUUCUUAUUCAAAUCUUUUUCAAUAUGAACAACUACACUGGCUAUACUACCACCAAUUUUGAUUAUGCCAUGGAAUCCGGUAUUCAUGCAGACAACGAACGAUUGACAGAUCCAGCAUUCCACGACGCCCAGCGUACGAUUGACCGUGAGCAAGCACGGGAUAUCAUGUUCUGGCUUCGUGAUGGUGUUCCCACUGCCAUGAAUAUGUUUCAGGAAACUAUGAGAACCGCAACACUGGCAACAGGCGACCAUCCACCCGAGCCCACCAUCUUCAUUGAAGAUGACAACUACUUGUCCGUGCAGUAUCGUCCAACACGAGCUAUUGUCAGUCUGUCCAGCCUCCAGAUUGCUGCCCAGGAUCUCCUCGUUAAAUGUCGUGUGCAAUUGGAGGAGCACGUGUUGCGAGGAUAUCGUUUGCCUGUCCCUUUUACCUCCACCAGUUGCAACAUCGUCGACCAACAAGCUAGUGAAGAUCCAUCUGUUGAUUUUUUCACUGCCUCGGGUAACCCUACUGCUGAUCCUGCCUACCUCACUGCUUUAAUGUUCCACUUGGCUACCCAGUAUUCGGACGAGUUCAUCUCCCAUGUCGCACCCAACAGUACUCUAGUUUGGAAGCUCGACAGCCUCUAUCGGUGGCUAAACCAAGCGCGAAAAUUAAUCAUGAUGAUUAUGGUCCUUGUCCAUAUUACCAGUGGCCAGCCAGCACGCGGUGAGGAACUCGCAGCCACCACCAUCCGAUGUACUGCCCUUGGAGCCAAGCGUGGCAUGUACUGGUACCGCGGCAAGAUCAUGCUUGUCCAAUACUACUACAAGCGCCGUUCUCGAGGAACUGCCGACCGAUACAUUGCUCGUUUUCUUACAAGAGAAUUGAGUGAUAUUUUGCUGCACUAUCUUGUCUUGGUUCGCCCAUUUGAACGCGUUUUCGGAAACGCACAGUGGUGACAGUGCUGAUGCCGGCGUCGCAAACUACCAGAACUUUCUCUUCGUCGCCAACGGCAACGUUGUCACGAGCAGAGAUUUGAGC